UCCUGGGCAGCUCGUUCUCGCCGGUGCGCUGCGGCGGCGCGGGGGACGCGUCCCCGCGCGGCUGCGGGGCGCGCCGGACUAGCGAGGGCCCCUGCUCGCCGCGGCCGGACCACCCCGGCACCCCGCCGCACAAGACCUUCCGCAAGCUGCGGCUCUUCGACACGCCGCACACGCCCAAGAGUUUGCUCUCCAAAGCUCGAGGGAUCGAUUCCAGCUCUGUUAAACUCCGUGGUGGUUCUCUAUUCAUGGAUCCAGAAAAAUCAGGAAGAAGGGAAUUUGACAUGCGACAGACUCCUCAAGUGAAUAUUAAUCCUUUUACCCCAGAUUCUGUGUUACUUCAUUCCUCAGGACAAUGUCGUAGAAGAAAGCGAACACAUUGGAAUGAUUCUUAUGGUGAAGACAUGGAAGCCAGUGAUUAUGAGUUCGAAGAUGAAACAAGACCUGCUAAAAGAAUUACAAUUACUGAAAGCAAUAUGAAGUCACGGUAUACAACAGAAUUUCAUGAGCUGGAGAAAAUUGGCUCUGGAGAAUUUGGUUCUGUGUUUAAGUGUGUGAAGAGGCUGGAUGGAUGCAUUUAUGCCAUUAAGCGAUCAAAAAAGCCAUUGGCUGGCUCUGUUGAUGAGCAGAACGCUUUGAGGGAAGUAUAUGCCCACGCAGUGCUGGGACAGCAUUCUCACGUAGUUCGAUAUUUCUCUGCAUGGGCCGAAGACGAUCAUAUGCUUAUACAGAAUGAAUAUUGUAACGGUGGAAGUUUAGCUGAUGCCAUAAGUGAAAACUACAGAAGCAUGACUUACUUUACAGAAGCAGAGUUGAAGGAUCUCCUUCUGCAAGUUGCCCGGGGCUUGAGGUAUAUUCAUUCGAUGUCUUUGGUUCAUAUGGAUAUAAAGCCUAGUAAUAUUUUCAUAUCUCGAACCUCAAUCCCAAAUGCUGCCUCUGAAGAAGGAGAUGAAGAUGACUGGGCAUCCAACAAAGUUAUGUUUAAAAUAGGUGAUCUUGGACAUGUAACAAGGAUCUCUAGUCCGCAAGUUGAAGAGGGUGAUAGCCGUUUUCUUGCAAAUGAGGUUUUGCAGGAGAACUAUACCCAUCUACCAAAAGCGGAUAUUUUUGCCCUCGCCCUCACAGUGGUAUGUGCUGCUGGUGCCGAACCUCUUCCCAGAAAUGGAGACCAGUGGCAUGAAAUCAGACAGGGUAGAUUACCUCGGAUUCCCCAAGUGCUUUCCCAGGAGUUCACAGAGUUGCUAAAAGUUAUGAUUCAUCCAGAUCCAGAGAGAAGACCUUCAGCAAUGGCACUGGUAAAGCAUUCAGUAUUGCUGUCUGCUUCUAGAAAAAGUGCAGAACAAUUACGAAUAGAAUUGAAUGCUGAAAAAUUCAAAAAUUCACUUUUGCAGAAAGAACUCAAGAAAGCUCAGAUGGCAAAAGCUGCAGCUGAGGAAAGAGCACUCUUCACUGAUCGGAUGACCACUAGGUCCACCACCCAGAGUAAUAGAACAUCUCGACUUAUUGGAAAGAAAAUGAACCGCUCUGUCAGCCUUACCAUAUACUGAACUACUCAUUUCCCACCUCCCCACAAAAACUGUGACAAGAGGAAGCUAGGUUGAAAUCACUGCUAGAAUCCAGUUUGCAAUUAUUUUCUCAAUCGUUGUCAGUAGUUUUACUGAAAUACCUUUUAGGACUUUUAUUUGUGAAUUACAGUUGAAAGCUGUAUUUUGACCAGUGCUCUGUCAGGCUUCCAUCUGGUCUCACUAGUCUGUCUUCGGUAGGAUGUCAUUCACUGUUGGAUGUUACACCAGCCUUUCCAGGGUUAACCACUGUGGUGGUGUGCUGCUUAUAGUUUGCUGUUGCAUUGUAAUAAAAGGUGUCUUUCCCUGCA